UAAAAUAUAUCAGCCAUCAGAUCUCAGUUCAGUUUCCUUUCAGCUGAUUGCAGCAAAUCCAUCUCAUCUCUCUCCAGCCGCUCCUCGCGCUCUCAUCGAUUGGAAAAAUCGGUUAAGUAUGGGUGCUGAAAAUAAUGUUGAUAUGGAGGAGGGAACUCUGGAGAUUGGAAUGGAAUACAGAACUGUAUCUGGAGUUGCUGGACCUCUUGUCAUCCUCGACAAAGUGAAGGGACCCAAGUACCAGGAAAUUGUUAACAUUCGUCUAGGAGAUGGAACAACUCGACGCGGGCAAGUAUUAGAGGUUGAUGGAGAGAAGGCUGUUGUUCAGGUUUUUGAAGGAACUUCUGGAAUUGAUAACAAAUAUACAACAGUCCAGUUUACCGGCGAGGUUCUAAAGACACCAGUCUCGUUGGACAUGCUUGGCCGUAUCUUUAAUGGUUCUGGGAAACCCAUUGACAAUGGCCCUCCUAUUCUUCCUGAGGCUUACUUGGAUAUAUCUGGGAGUUCAAUCAAUCCUAGUGAGAGAACUUAUCCUGAAGAAAUGAUUCAGACUGGAAUUUCCACUAUUGAUGUCAUGAACUCAAUUGCUCGUGGACAGAAAAUUCCUCUUUUUUCUGCUGCUGGUCUUCCCCACAAUGAAAUUGCUGCUCAGAUCUGUCGCCAGGCUGGUCUCGUCAAACGAUUGGAGAAAGUGUCUGCUGCUCGAGAGGAAGUGCCUGGAAGACGUGGAUAUCCAGGUUACAUGUACACUGAUCUGGCAACCAUCUAUGAACGAGCUGGACGUAUUGAAGGGCGCAAAGGAUCCAUCACCCAAAUUCCUAUUUUGACCAUGCCCAAUGAUGAUAUUACACAUCCAACUCCAGAUCUUACAGGUUAUAUUACUGAGGGGCAGAUAUACAUUGACAGACAACUUUACAAUAGGCAGAUAUACCCUCCAAUCAAUGUCCUGCCAUCAUUGUCUCGUCUAAUGAAGAGUGCUAUUGGUGAGGGUAUGACUCGUAGGGAUCACUCCGACGUGUCUAACCAGCUCUAUGCAAACUAUGCCAUCGGAAAGGAUGUUCAAGCAAUGAAAGCCGUGGUCGGAGAAGAAGCACUUUCCUCAGAAGAUCUGCUAUAUCUUGAGUUCCUCGAUAAAUUCGAGAAGAAGUUUGUUGCUCAGGGGGCGUAUGACACCCGCAAUAUCUUUCAGUCGCUCGAUCUGGCAUGGACACUCCUCCGGAUCUUCCCCCGAGAACUGCUCCAUCGUAUCCCAGCAAAGACGCUUGACCAAUACUACAGCAGGGAUGCAUCCAACUGAGAGGGAAGAGAGGAAAAAUUGGAAUCUUAGUUUCUGCAAACACUGAUAUAUUGUUUGGUGUAUAUUAUGUUGGGUGGUUUUAUAUCCUCCUCUAGCUCCUUCGGAAUAAGCAUUGACGACUGUCCACGGAAGCGAACUCUCUCCGGCAGACGAAAGACUUACAUUCAGUGGUAAAGAGAAGCAGUUAGAUCUGGUAAUGAAGAGCAUUUUCCUGCUUUUAUAUUUCAAAUUCGAGAAACAUUUUGUUGCUUAGACUAUUUAUUGCUUGCAAUUUUUUCUCAAGGGGCUUCUCUUAAACUUUCAACUGCUACUGUAUUAUUAUUAUUCAUAAAAUUUCUUAAGCUUCCUUUA